GCAGGUGUUACCAGAUCAUCUGUGUACGUCUAGUUUGCAAAUUCGAUGAAGUAGCAAGGAGAAAUUCCAGAUUUUCCAGUAUUGCUUUAUCUUAUCAUAUCUACAGAUAGUAACAUAAUUCUGGCAUGAGCCAGAUUACGGUUGCCGCCUAUGGCCGACCAACCUGAGUUCCAGCCCGGGGGGUCACGUCGACGAACACAUCGUCACAGUGGGGCUGAGCCGCGCACAACAGAUACACUGACAAAACUGCUGAGUGGGGCUGAAGACCCAGCACCCACAUCAUCUGCAGUACCACCCUGCAUCCUCAGUACAAAACAAUUGGCCAAGUCCAAAACAGAAACAAAGAAGCCUAAGAAAAGGCAGAGCUCUGGGGAAUCCUUAGAUUCUGAACCCAAAGUAAAAACAAAGAAGUCCUUUUAUCACAAGUCGGACAGUAGUAGGAAGCUAUCUCCACACAAGACGCACAAGGUCUUCAAGAAUAACAAAGUCGAUUCAAAAGCUGUUCCUGACAGCUCAAGCAUCCUGUUGGCUGAUACGAGUGACCCGGCCCCAGAUUCUCACAUAAUAGCAGACACUGCCACCCUACCUUUGCUGCCAGGAAGUCCGUCCAGAUUCAGUCCUAUCAAGAGUAAGUUGAGAUCCAACAUCAGAGCCACACUGAGUGAAGGUAUCUCCUACUUCUCACGUAGACGAUCAUCCGUCAAAGGAAAGAGCAAAAGCAAAAAGAUCAAGAGUUCAAAAAGAUCUGAGACAAUCACAUCUGAAGACAAGGCUGAAUCUGAACCCAAACCAGAAGUACAGCUCGCGACAACGUCAAGGUCGGAGGCCGAAUCUGAUCUACCACCCAAACGACAGUGUCUCAGGUCAUCAAUACCCGAGGCAGAAACUUCUGUUACUUUGAAGGUUUCAGCCCCAGCUUCAAGAGGUGAACAGCCAACUGCUGAAAACCUCACGACCAAAGCACCCUCUGGUGAGAGUAGUAGUAAACACAAGAGGGGCUCAAGAGGCAAGAAAACGGGAUCCUGUGCUAGUAGCAGUGGGCGGCGUUCCUCUGCGUGGGCUCGGCGUCAAGGAGUCAAUCCGCCUACCGGGUGCCGCAGCAGUGGUUCGGGAUCUGCCCGGGAACGAUCAGGGAGCGGAAAACCGCCAUCAUCAAGUCUAAUGUCUGGACAGGACACCCCUGCCAACAAUGCCGCAGGGGGGACAGGUCAGCGAGAGUCUGACGGGGCUCAAGGAGCCACACCCACGGGGGCUGCAACCCCGGGGUCCGGUGGACCGACCAACAUGACGUCGGAGAGCGAGUCAGAUGACACUGACAUGGGCCGGCUUCAAGCUCUGCUUGAAGCCCGGGGCCUGCCAUCUCACCUGUUUGGGGCACUAGGACCACGUAUGCAUCAGCUACUCCACAGAACCAUGAGUGGGGGAACCAUGAGCAAGGUCCAGCAGCUGCUCCAGGGUCUUCAGGCCUCGGGUGAUGAGGGCCAGCAACUCACUGCCGUCAUGGAAAUGUGUCAGUUGCUGGUGAUGGGCAAUGAAGACAGCCUAGCGGGUUACCCAGUGAAGCAGGUGGUGCCGGCCCUCAUCACCCUCCUGCAGAUGGAACACAAUUUUGACAUCAUGAACCAUGCAUGUCGUGCUCUCACCUACAUGAUGGAGGCUCUGCCCCGGUCCUCUGCAGUUGUUGUGGAUGCUGUGCCAGUCUUCUUAGAGAAGCUGCAAGUCAUUCAGUGUAUGGAUGUCGCUGAACAAGCUCUCACAGCUCUAGAGAUGCUGUCUCGCAGACACAGCAAGUCAAUCCUGCAAGCUGGAGGAAUCGCUGCAUGUCUGAUGUUCAUAGACUUCUUCAGCAUCUCUGCUCAGCGCAGUGCCCUAACUGUCACAGCCAACUGUGUACAGAGUCUAUCCUCAGAAGAAUUCCACUAUGUCAGGGACUCACUGCCUCUUCUGAGUGGGAGACUCAGCCACCAGGACAAGAAAUCAGUAGAGAGUGUGUGUCUGUGCUUCUCUCGACUCGUGGACAACUUCCAGAGUGACCAAAGACUGUUGAAGGAGAUAGCUGUUCAUGGCCUGCUCUCCAACAUACAACAGCUGCUGGUGGUGAGUCCCCCGGUCAUCAGUACAGGCACAUUUGUGAUGGUCAUACGGAUGUUGGGUGUCAUGUGUGCCAGCUGUCCUGAUCUGGCGGUUGUACUGCUCAAACAAAAAAUAGCAGAGACCCUUUGUUACUUGUUAAUAGGAGCCUCUGAACAACCCGAGAAGACUAUAGAGGUCAGUGCUCAUUCACUGAGGAGCAAUAAGCUUGUUUCCCGAACUCCCCAGGAAUUAUACGAGAUAGUUUGUUUGACAGGAGAGUUGUUACCGAAGUUGCCAAAUGAUGGCAUUUUUGCCAUUGAUUCAAUGUUACGGAAAGGCGGGUGUGUAAAUACAGAUUCUGUGAUAUGGCAGUGGCAGGACGACAGGGCAAUGUGGCGGCCAUACAACACUAUUGACAGCAAGAUAGUUGAGGCUGCAUAUCAAGCUGGUGAAGACGAGGUAAGCCUUUCCACAAUGGGCCGGUCCUACGCAGUUGACUUUAACUCAAUGCAACAAAUCAACGAAGAUACUGGUACAGCACGUCCUGUACAACGCAAACUAAAUCCCCUGGCCCCAGCAUCACAGCAGAGCUCAUCAGCCACGUCUGUGUCUGCGGACCCCAACUUAGAGAGAUGUGACUCUCGUGCUGAGAUCUUGAAGGAGGACAGUGAUCUGGCUACGGCCUUCAUUCAGACGCUCUUCUCCGUGCUGUAUGAGGUCUACAGCUCCUCUGCUGGCCCUACCGUGAGACACAAGUGUCUGCAGACACUGCUGCGAAUGAUCUACUACGCAUCAUCUGACCUGCUCAAAGAGGUGCUGAGGAACCAGCCAGUGUCAAGCCACAUUGCUGCCAUGAUGGCCUCCCCAGACCUCAAGGUGGUGGUAGGAGCUAUACAGAUGGCAGACAUCCUGAUGAAGAAACUGGAGGAUAUCUUUGGCAUAUAUUUCAGAAGAGAAGGUGUCAUGCACCAGAUAAAGUUUCUGUCUGAUAUGGAUCUACAGUCCCCAUCCACCACCUCCAAGUCCAUCUCCACCUCCUCCUCCCACAGUCUCACCAGCAACAGCAGUGGGGGCAGCACCUCGGGCUCAGGGUCUGGUAGCAUCGGCGGGGACACCAUUGAGAAGAAGGAGACAGAAAUCACAACCAUCUCGCCCGGAGCAACUGCUCAGCCUGAUGAGUCCCCACAGAUGCGUUUGAGUGAUGUUCUUAAAAGGAAACGACCCCCAAAACGAGGUCCAACCAGAAAAGGCAACAAAUCUGAUGAUGUGAUGGAAACGGGUGCUCGUGGUGGACCAGUCCUCAGUGGCAGAACUUCCGGUCGGGGGAAAUCUUCAAGCAAAGACAGUAAAUCUAGUUCUGGUCCAAAGGCAACCUUCUUGACAAGUUUGAAUCCAAGAAGUUGGGGUCGUCUUGGUGGUUCCUCGAGUUCUUCUGAUAGGCCACCUCUACCAAAGGACACAUCUGUACAGAAGAUAUCUUACAACACAUCAUCAGCGAACAGGGAGAAAGUGAGAGCAUGGAUCAAAGAGCAGGCUACCAAAUUCCUCGAGAAGUAUUUCUCAACAGAGGCUCCCGGUGGGAGUCACCCAGCCCUCAAUGUUCUCAACAGGUUGUGCACAGCCACUGAACAACUCUCUCUAGACAAUGAUGAAAGCCUGUCGGCUCUGAAGGAGAUUUCCAGUAUUAUGAAGGAGAGCGAUGUCUCACCUUUUGAGAUCAUCCACAGCGGCCUUGUAAAGAAACUGUUGAUGUACCUGACAUCCACGUCAGGCUCUGUCCCCCGGGACCUUCGCAUCAGGCUGUUUCUCCAUGUCUUCCUAGGAUGUCCGCUCCCUGAGGUGACCUAUAUUAAAGAGAGGAUAGAGGAUCAGCAGGGACAGCUGUACCCACUUGUCAGCAAGAUGAUGGGGUGUCUGCAUCAGUUAGAACAGUUCCAGGUGAAAGUGCAUGAUCUACCAGGGGGCAACAGUUCAAGUGGGCGGGGUUCAAAUGCUCUCAAGUUCUUCAGUACACAUCAAUUGAAAUGCCAGUUGCAAAGACAUCCUUCUUGUUCAUCUCUGAGGCAAUGGAAGGGCGGUCCAGUAAAAAUAGACCCCCUAGCUCUUGUCCAGGCAAUAGAGAGGUACCUCGUCAUGAGAGGUUACGGGAGAACCAAGGAUGGAGAAGAGGAGAUCAGUGAUGAAGAGAACUCAGAUGAUGAUGUAGAGGACACUAUGGCAGCAGUGUUCAUUAGUCAGGGCACAGCACGGCACCGCCUGGAGUUCCUGAUCGGAGACCGUGUCCUGCCCUACAACAUGACCGUGUACCAGGCAAUCAAACAGUUCAGCCUUAGUGGGGAGGGGAGUGAGACUGACACAGACUCGGAGAACCCUCUCAGUCACGCUGGUAUCUGGGUACAGACCCACACAAUAUGGUACCGACAGGCUGCUGAACAGGAAGAGGUCACCGCUACUAGUCCAAAGAAAACAAAAGCUGAGUCAAAAGGUGCUAAAGCUGCCCGAAGGAAACACGAUGAUCUGCAUAAAGAUAGCCAUUGUUCUGUGAUAGUUCCUCUCUUGAAUGCCUUCCUCACUGACAAGUUGCCAGCAUUUGUCACAGUGCAGGACCCGUCUCUAGAUGUCGUUGCCCUGUUGCGGGUGUUGCAUUCUCUCAACAGGCUCUGGGCAACUCUGUUUGAAGUGUCCUUCUUCCCAUCUCCGGUGCUACCAGCAUCAGACUUCACCAGCAAUAAACUGACAGCGAAGGCCAACCGUCAGCUUCAAGAUCCCCUCAUCAUUAUGACAGGCAACCUUCCCAACUGGCUGGGGGAAAUAGGCACUGCAGCGCCAUUCUUGUUCCCCUUUGACACACGGCAACUGCUGUUCUUCGCAACAUCGUUUGACCGAGAUAGAGCCAUGAUGCGCCUACAACAGGACAACUCUGGUGACAGCAUACAGAACGACAGUGAGAGAGUAGCUCCACGUCUGGAUCGCAGGAGACGAAUGGUUAGUCGUGUGGACUUGCUCAAGCAGGCUGAAAAAGUCAUGGAGGAACUGGGAAACUCAAAAGCUCUGUUGGAAAUACAUUAUGAGAAUGAGGUGGGUACAGGCCUUGGUCCUACGUUAGAGUUCUAUGCGUUGGUGUCCCGGGACUUCCAGAGGAGUGACCUGGACAUGUGGAGGGGUGAAGCUGUGAAGGCAGCCAACCCAUCAGACCCAGAAAACAAGAUUGCCUACAUGCACUCAUCAUGCGGCUUGUUUCCGGCCCCUCUGGCCAGAAACACCAAAGCUGCAGCUGUCAACAAAGUCAAGUCAAAGUACAAGUUCCUCGGCAAAUUCCUCGCCAAAGCUCUCAUGGAUUCAAGAAUGGUGGAUCUGCCACUGAGUCCCGUGUUCUACAAGUGGUUGUUGGGGCAAGAACACAGCGUCACGUCUGCCGACCUGCAACACAUAGACCCUGUUGUCGCUAAAUCUUUCCGCCAACUUGAAGAUAUUGUACACCAGAAAAAGAGAAUCUUAAGUGACAAGUCACAUACUGAAGAGUCUCGUCAGCUGGCUCUGGACAGUCUGACCCUGGAUGGGUGUAGUAUAGAGGACCUGGACCUCACCUUCACACUCCCUGGCUACAACACUAUAGAGCUGAAGAAGGGUGGCAAGGAUGUGCCAGUCUCACUCGACAAUCUCGAGGACUACUUACAGCUGGUGACACACUGGAGUAUUGUGGAAGGUGUGUCUCGCCAGUUCGAUGCAUUCCGGGAGGGAUUUGAAUCUGUGUUCCCUCUGUCUUCACUGCAGUGCUUCUACCCAGAAGAGCUGGAGCAGUUGUUCUGUGGGAGCGGGAGUGAGCUGUGGGACAUGAAGAUGCUGAUGGAAUGCUGCCGCCCAGACCAUGGCUACACACACGACAGUCGGGCAGUCAAGUUCCUCUUCCAGGUGCUCAGUGCUUACACCCCGGACGAGCAGAGAGACUUUCUUCAGUUUGUCACAGGCUCACCAAAACUACCUGUAGGAGGAUUCCGAAGUCUUUCCCCACCUCUGACCAUAGUGAGAAAAUCCUUCGAGUCCAAUGAAUGCCCUGACAAUUUCCUACCAUCUGUGAUGACGUGUGUCAACUACCUGAAGCUCCCGGACUACUCGACCGUGGAGAACAUGCGGGACAGGCUGAGUGUGGCUGCCAGAGAAGGACAGCUCUCCUUCCAUUUAUCAUGAGCUGUCAGGAGCCACACCAAUACUUUGUGGGCAUUUCCCUAGGACAAAGAGUUGUGUCAAAUCAAACAGGCUGAUUAUGAUGAAGCAAAAUAAUAUUUGUGACUGGAAUGAUAUUUUGUUUAUGGACUUGAAUGAUGGAGUGUUGAACAGACUGAGGUCACAGUGUUUGGUGUAGGAUGUUCCUACAGACACCUUCCCCUAAGUUGCCAAAGGGAAACACAUGAAGUGGUGACAAGGGGUCACAUGUGAAAAUAUUUGCAUACUGAUAAAAUCUGUGAAUUUCUUCAGACCAAAAUGGGGGUCAAGGAUACAAUUCAAAGUCAGACAAGUCAUGCCCAUUACUGUGUUUUCAAGGUAAUGACUUCUUGAUCAGCGAUACAUUCAAGGAGAGAAGCUGGCAUUUAACAGCAAGGAUGCAUCUAAUGGGAGUUCAAGGCUACGAUAUGGUGAUACAACAGAGUCUACAUAAUGUAAAACUACAGUUUGAUAAAUUAAGCUGUGACAUGAUUUGCAGUGACAAGCCAAUACAACAGUGUACCUAUACUAUUGAAGUACCUGUACACUGUAAUGCAAGGUGUUUGUGUAUGCGGCUCAUGCAAGCAUCCUCUAUGUACCUGCACAACCUGGACAGGCUCACCUUGAACAUUUGGCAUUUAAUUUGUAUCUCAUUUCUUGUUUUAUACAGAUGACUAUUCCUUAUUUCUGAUUGUGUUGUUAUGUGUUUGAUAUGGUAUGUAGAGCAGGAUCUGCUCGGUGUACAUAAAUACAUGUGAUAUAAUCAUAAGAGCUUCAUAUGGCUGUAACAGUCCUAGAGGGUCCACACGGACAACAAGACACCCAUUUCGCAUAUGAGCUCCACUGGACAACAAUAUUAUAAUGAUGUUCAUCAUGCAUAAAUGCUUCAACUGCAACCUGCCUGUGUGGCUGUCAUCGUCAUAGCAUCUUAAAACAAGGGGUGUGGAGUACCAGCUGUUUCCGUUAGCAAUAGCAGACUAGCCUAGCUUUAUGAGAAUCAUGGGACUGUUUCAAAGGACAUAGAAGGGAAACACAAGUAGCUGCCUAUUUUUGACAAAGUUGAUUCAUGUCUCUGUCCACAUGUACUGCUAUGGCUGCUUUACGCUGUCCUGUGUCCCAUCCAAUAUGUCUCUUUGCUGAUUUAGCAGAAUUCUGCAUUUAAGUUUCCCGGACUUGUUGGAAAUUGUCCUUAAAAUUGGUAUUUGACAAUUCCUAGUUGACGCCCACAAGGGUACAAUGUGUGAAGUCUAUCAUUGGUGUCCUGCCUUGAUGCAAUCAAAAAUACAAGUGGCUUCAACACAGACUCAUGGAUUCAGUCAAUCAUUCCCUUCCUGUUAAAUAAGCUAUCCAUAGUCUAAAUAUAUUUUGUUCCGUUUGAUACUUCGGAUAUGACAGUGUGGUUAAAGAAAGAACAAAAAUACCUACAUAUGGAAUAGACACACCCAAGCCACAAGUCAUUAAACCAUCAAUGAAAAAUUAAGUUGGAUUUCUCACCCAAGUGAAAAGUUUUCAAUUUCCACACCCCUGACACUAUUUUGUGCUUGUUCUACAAAUAUUGGGGAACUACAUCGUUCUAGAAAUGUAUCUGUGUAAGUUUGUCCCAGCAAACUUCCAUUAGUGCCACUCUGAUGAAUAUAAGUCUCAUUUUAUUCCUCUUUAUGCUAUUGUAAGUUCAUGAUAUUUUCACUAUGUUUGAUCAGUAGAUCUGUAUGAAAGGGUUAUAGGUUUGCAAUACCACAACUUGCGAAGUCUCUUUUACAGCAAAUGCAAAAUGAUAAGCAGAGGAUAUUGAAUUGCAUUUACAAAAAUAGUACUAAGUUUGGCAUCUCAAAAAAGCAUGAAUAUUAUAGUAUACAAAUAUCAUUAAAUGCACAUUCAGAAUGUGUAGAAAUUUAAUCAUUACGCCUCAUCUCGAACACUUGUAUGCAAACAGGCAUAUUAUUCAUCAAUGUAACACAAAUUUGAUGAAGAGAAAUUUGUAUUCUAUCCAUAUAUGAUUAUGUUGAUGUUAUGUCUCAUUAUCUUUGCAAUAUGCCACAGCUAUCCUUACAAUGAUUAAUUGAUCUGAUAUUGUAUCCUUUCUUAUGUUAAACCAAAGACUUGCUACAUUUAUUUAGUAAUGGAGAGGCACGGGUGGCUCAGUCGUUUAAGGCACCGCGAUUCGCUGUGCAGAGUUGCGUCCCUUGGGCACGCCAGAAACCUAUGAUUGUGGGUUCGAAUCCCAGUUCGCCCCGAUUAUGACCUAGGUUUGUCAGCACCAUACCCGUGCUCGUGGGUUUCAGCGAAGUGGUAAACGUCUGAGACCUGCAUCACUUCGGGCUUUCCUCCCACAUUAAGCUGACACGCCGUGAUAUAACUGGAAUACUGUCAAAAGCGGCGUUAAACCCAACUCACUCACUCACUCACUAUUUAGUAAUGGUAACAUGAGAACGCUGUCAUUGGUUAUUUUGAAGUCAUGGAUCCCUCACAAAGGUAAGCUUACAAUUCCAAGAUGUAUUCAAUUCUUGACAUGAGGCUCCCUUUCCACAAAGAAAAAUUAGUGCUUAAUAAAUCUAACUCCUUUUCUUUAGCACAAACUUACCACAGUUUGAGCUGGGGCUGGCACCAUACACCAACUGUGCGAUCCGAUAUGUUUCACGUGACCUUGCUCACGAUCUGAUACGUAUCGCGAUACUUGCAUGUGCACGUAUGUGUGGUGCAUACACCAUCUUUUUCAUAGACAGGAUUGCCUAAUACCUGGCACACUAAUCAUUAACAGUUGGCAGUGUCAGGUAUGGCGAAAUGGAUGAAAACUUUCAGAAGUAAAAAAUCGCAAUUCACUGAUGCAUGGAUGUAUCAUCCCACCACUAGUUGAAGCCCAAGUUAUGACUGCAGUACAUGUAAUACACUUUCAAGAUGGUAAUCUUUAUUUCAUUUAAUUGCACCCAACGUUGUGUUUACAUUAGAAUUAAGGACAUGGUACAGGCUAAGGGAUCAUGUUUCUUUUCAGCUGGGUCAAUGUUAACUGAUUGUUUAGCAUCGUAGUCAUUGUUUGUAAUUAAAGGUGGUUUUGAGAUUGGCUGCUCUGGUAUUUGAAUUUUGGGGCCCUCUGAAUCUGACUUUAUACGUUGGGGUUAUGACAAGGUCCCCUUGGCUUUUUGCUCAUUUUACAACACAGAUAGUGUAGGGUAUUGGUCAUUCCUGUAUUUGUGACAUACUGAAAACUGGUCUGGAGGUCUGCUGUACUAGAAAUGAUUCUGUUGGUGUUUCUAUGAUAGUGUAAUAGUUAUAAAAAGUCACAGUAUGGUUCCAUGUUAAUAUGCAACAAGGGAACAAGUCAUUAAACAGUACUGAAUAUCACUGUUCUUGUGACAGCUUUUUUUCAAUCCAGAAACAUGUGUUUUACAAUAAAGUUACUGUCCAAAGUUUUAUAUGAACUACUUAUCUGAAACUAUCUGCCCACAUGCAGAUUUCCAAAACAUGUCAUGCGUUGUGUUUGAUUUAGAUGUAUGCAAGACUAUCUUUUCCGGGAUUUAGAGGACAUACCUCGAAAUAAUUGGAACUUUCUUAACACUUGCAGAGCCUCUAGAGAUUCAUGUUUGCAAGUACCUGAAGUAUCCAUGGCAUGAAUUAUUCCAAAUAUUUACAGAAGCUCCAUAAAUUCCACCUUCACACUGAACAGAAAUGAUUCAACUAUUUUACUAGCAAUCAUUUGGGAAUUCUCUUUUCCAUGGUAAAAAGAUUACUGUUGGAAUGUCUGACUCUCACAAUGAUGUUAUGCAUAUCAGUAAAAAACAAAUAUUCCCAUUCAUCCAUCCCAAUGACUCCAGUGUCUCUGUAUAUAUAAUCUGAAACUCAAUGACAUGGGAAAGUGACCUCACUUCAGUGACUUCUUCCUUGAGCAAAGCUAUGGCCAACUGUUUGUCUACAUAUAUUAUCUGAAUCUGAUUGCUGAGUACUUGAAGCAUGUUUAUAUUCCUAAUGUUAUCAUCUCGGCUGAAGCACAGUGGAGCCUUGUCAAUUGAAAGUCUUGAGUUUGGCCAAUAUCGAUUAUAAGACUUAUUUAUUAACUUAAAAUUACCUGAAGUUCUUGGAGCAACAAUUUCCAGAUUGACAAGGUUUCACUGUGAUUGAGAUCAGUUUGUUAGUGUUCAUCAUGAAAAUAAAUUCUAUCUGUGGUAUAUAGAAACAUGUCAGUUGUUAGUUUGCCUGAUUCCUUGACCAAAUCACUUGAUGUUUGAAGAUGAAGUAGCCUUACUGUUAAUGAUGGUAUUCUGAUGGAAUAGCUUGGGCUUAACACAUCAAUAAACUGGACUUUAUAAAGAGAAUGUGUUUGUGUAAUUGACUGUUGACAGCUGAUGUGACACAGGCAGAAAUAGAACACAUAGUGAAAAGCCCAUUCUACCAAAUAUUCGGUUCUACCCUUGGAAAUGUUUUAUCUCGAAAGCAAUGAGAUAUUGUAAAGAUAGGGUAACUUGAAUCCUACCGGAACCUAGUUUCACCAGUAUUCUAAUGAAGUAAUGCAAUUGUCUGCAUUUCACAUUUCAUCACUGGUGCAUGAGACUGAACUGGCAUAUUUGAUAACAAAAUCUUGGUUUGGCAUGAGAGAGUUGUUCUGUUGUGAUGUAGAGAAUGGUCAAGGAAUGUGGGUGUAGGUAGCUUAUGUUGACACUGCAAAGACCUGUGUCAGUUGCAGCUGACCAUAGGUGUGCACUGUGUUCAUGUUACUUGUCUCUUCAACACAGGAUACCGAGAAAGUCUGAGUGAAAAUUUGAGUGUUCUAUUCUUUGAUAUUUGCCAAAUUAUGAUUUAUAUGAAAGGCUAAAGAGAAUAAAUGAUAUUUAUUAUAUUACA